UGUGAGCGGGGCCGGGGCGGGGCGGACCGAGGUAGUCUGUGUCCCGGCGGCAGCCAUGGGGCCGGCGGUGCUGAGCGGGCUGCCCUUGGCCCUGGCCUUGUCCCUGGCACUGCCCUCGGCAGCCCUGGAGAACGGUCUGGCGCUCACCCCCCCCAUGGGAUGGCUGGCCUGGGAGAGGUUCCGCUGCAAUGUGGACUGCCGGGCCGACCCUCGCAACUGCAUCAGCGAGACCCUGUUCUUCGAGAUGGCCGACCGCCUGGCCGAGGAUGGCUGGAGGGAGCUGGGCUACAAGUACAUCAACAUUGACGACUGCUGGUCUGCCAAGAAGCGGGAUGCAGCAGGACGCCUGGUGCCCGACCCCGAGAGGUUUCCCAGGGGGAUUAAAGCUCUGGCUGAUUACGUCCAUGCCCGGGGCCUGAAGCUGGGCAUUUACGGCGACCUGGGCACACUCACGUGCGGGGGCUACCCGGGCACCACACUGGACCGCGUGGAGCAGGACGCCCAGACCUUCGCGGAGUGGGGUGUGGACAUGCUGAAGCUGGACGGGUGCUACUCGUCAGGAGAGGAGCAGGCAGAGGGCUACCCAGAAAUGGCGAGGGCCUUGAACGCCACGGGCCACCCCAUUGUCUACUCCUGCAGCUGGCCGGCCUAUCAGGGGGGGCUCCCCCCCAAGGUGAACUACACCAUCCUGGCAGAGGUCUGCAACCUGUGGCGUAACUACGACGACAUCCAGGACUCCUGGGACAGUGUGCUUUCCAUCCUGGACUGGUUCUUCGCAAAUCAGGACGUGCUGCAGCCAGCAGCUGGCCCUGGCCACUGGAAUGACCCAGACAUGCUCGUCAUUGGAAACUUUGGCCUCAGCUACGAGCAGUCACGCUCCCAAAUGGCCCUGUGGACAGUGAUGGCAGCUCCGCUCCUCAUGUCCACGGAUCUCCGCACCAUCUCCCCGAGCGCCAGGGAGAUCCUGCAGAACCGCCUGAUGAUCCAGAUCAACCAGGAUCCCCUGGGAAUCCAAGGGCGCAGGAUUGUUAAGGAGAAGUCCCUCAUCGAGGUGUUCCUGCGCCCACUGUCCCGGGGUGCCAGUGCCCUUGUCUUCUUCAGCCGGAGGACAGACAUACCCUACGUCUACACCACCAGCCUGGCCAAGCUCCAUUUCCCUGAGGAUGCUGUGUAUGAGGUACAAGACGUGUACAGCGGGGAGAUCACCAGAGGCUUGAAGACGGGGGACAACUUCUCGGUCACUGUUAACCCCUCGGGGGUGGUGAUGUGGUACCUGUACCCUGUGGCACAGCCCUGGCACAUUGUCAGACAGCAAGCCCCCCGUGAGGGUUUCCGCCCGGUCCUCCUGUGAUGGGGCUCAGCAGAUGGGGGUGUGGGUCCGUGCCGCAGUGGGCUGUGAGACCCUGUCUGGGGCAUGUGGCUCUGCCCUGCACAAGUGCCUUUUGGUGGUGUGCCCAGCAGUGCUGGGGGUGACUUCCUCUGGUACCAGCUUGAUGAUGUCUGCUCAGUCUGCGUGAAGCAGGAAUUCUUGUUGCCACCUCCUAAGGGUGUGCAGAGCGUAGUUCCUCAGUGAUGGCAAAGCCUUCUGAGGUCCUCCUGUGGAAGAUUCCAUACAAGCAGAGCCCUGCUGCUGGUUUAGUUCAUCAGCUCUGACACCUGAGCGUUUCUCUGCUUCAGGCUGGGUACCACUGACUGUCGCGGGGCUGUUUGAACUAAACCUGUAGAAAGGCUUUGGAUGCUUUUGUAUCUUCUAGGGUAGUGACUCCCCUCCCUCCAUGUGUGAUGGAUGGCAAUAGCUUCAAGGAUCAGACCUGGUUACCUUCUUUUCUUUGCUGUAAUCAGCUUGGCUUAGAAUAAGGGGCUGUCAAUAGGGCUGCACCCUUCCUGUGUACCCAUCCCAGGACCAAGAGCUCCUGGAGACAUGAUGGUCCUGUGCAGAGUCUUUGCAGGCCUCCAGCAGCCUGGAGGCCAGCACUACUGCAGCCUAGCAUGCAUGCUAGCAUUGUAUUAAAGCUCCUCUGGAAUCAGUGUA